AUGGUCAUGUGGCGGGUGCUAGUCGCUUUGUUCGAUCAGGUGGAGGGGUUGCAGCUUUUGGAGGCGCUAGUGGAGGCAGGCAACGUGGUGUCGCAACAGGUGUUGGAGAAGCUAGUUCGAUCGAACGCAUUGCCGACAGCUUCAAAGAUGGACGCCGACGCCGACGACCGCUUUCAUCUAUCCGGACCGACGCAUAUGAUGCCCGGAGCCGGCGCCGUCCGUUCUUUAGCGACGACGACGAUGAUGAUUGACUGGGACAAUGAGGAGCACCGCCGGUGCAUCGCCGCCAGCAUCGUCAAAGGCACCUACAUCCUCGAGGACGACAGGAACACGUGCAGGCUGCUGGUGGGGGAGGCGCUCGCGCCGGCGUGGUGGGAGAGCUUCCAUUUCCGCAUUGUCAAAGUGCUCAAGGACGACUGCGACCGUAAGGGGGAGCACAAGUUCAUCUUCGGCGCCAUCUACGAGCACGUGCCGCCGGCGGGCGCCCGCCGCCACCCGUCGGCUCCGCAGUACGUCGUCGCCCUGCGAGGGACCAUGCUGAAGCACCCCGACCCCUUCAAGGACCUAUGGCUCGACCUCAAGGUCAUGGCCAACACCCUGCACCGGUGCAGGCGCUCCGAGCGCGCGCGCACGGAGGUCGAGGCGCUCCUCGGCGCCGGCUGCAGCCCCGUGUGGCUCACCGGGCACUCGCUCGGAGCGUCCCUGGCGCUGGACGUGGGGCGGAGGAUGAUGGCGGACAAGGGGGUGAGCCUCCCGACCUUCCUCUUCAACCCGCCGCAGGUGUCGCCCGCGCCGGUGAUCAACGCGCUGCACCCGACGGAGGUGGGCAAGAGGGACCUGUACGCCACCAGCUAUGUCUUGAAGGCCGGCCUCGGGCUCGUCCUCAGCCCCCACCGGAAGCGCAUGGAGGCCCUGUUCCAGAGGCUGGCACCGUGGGCGCCGCAGCUGUACGUGCACGACAGGGACGUCGUCUGCCUGGGUUUCAUCGACUACUUCCAGCAGCGGCAGCAGUUUCAGGAGCGCUUCCGCGGCGUGGCCAGGUCGGCGAUGACGCUGUCGUACCGUGACAUGCUCUUCUCCUUGGUAGGCACGGACAAGGAGCGCCCACAUCUCCUGCCUUCGGCCAUGCUCGUGAAGAACUCCAGUGACUGCGACGCCCACGGGCUCGAGCAAUGGUGGAAGCCAGACAGCGAGCUCAACUUGAGCGCCAAGCGUUACAGCUAUCCUGGAGCAUAA